AUGAACGCAAUUAUUGUUGAAGGAAGAUCCGUUUCAAAGCCACCAUACUUCGAUGGUACAAAUUUAACUGAGUGGAGGGAACCUAUGAAGACAUUCAUACAAUCUGUUAACUUCGAAGUUUGGCUUGUGAUUGAGAAUGGACCAAAACUUCCAAAAAAAUUAAUAAAUGGUGAAGAAGUGUUGAAAUCGGUAGAUGAAUUCAAUGAUGAAGAUAUGAAGAACAUGGAACUAGAAGCAAAAGCCAAAACUAUUUUAUAUUGUGCCUUAAACCCGAAUGAUCUUGGAAGAAUUUCAAGUUGCCAUACGGCUAAGGAAAUGUGGGAGGAGCUCGACAGGAGAGUGACAACCUCCGAUGCCAAUUCUACGCCUCCGGUGACAACCUCCGAUGCCAAUUCUACACCUCCAGUAUCACAACAAACUCCGACAUCAGACCUAUACAACGCGCCUAAUCCUGAGUUUUUAGAGGAAACAAGUGCAAACCACAUUCACUUUGUGAAGGAGUUAUUGAAGAUGCUUGAUGACAAAGAUAUAGAAUUGCUAGAUAUGAACGGAAACACUGCUUUCUUUAUUGCUGCUGCUGCUGGAAAUAUUGAAAUUGUUGACUUAAUGCUGAAAAUAAACCCCAUUUUACCAAUUAUAAGGGGUACAGAAGGAUAUACUCCUAUUCAGUAUGCUGCUUUGCAAGGAAGAUACAAAAUGACAUGGCAUCUUUAUGAUAAAACCAUAAAUCGUUUUGAAAACAAGGACUGGAAUUCAUUGUUCUUUGCUUGUAUCUACACUGGCAUCUAUGACUUGGCCUUCAAAAUGGCAAGAGACAAGAAAGAACUAUCUUUUGCACGCGAUGUGAAUAAAGAAACAGCUUUGCAUCUCUUGGCUCAAGAUCAAAUGCCAUUGGAUUCUUCUUGUCAUUAUCCAGAACAUGAUCAUAAUCACAUCAUGACCAAUCCUGGCCUGAAAAAUCAUAUGUGCUAUCCAAGCUUGAUAUGGGAGGUGGAUGGCGAAAAUCGAACGAUAUUACACAUAGCUGUUUUGCAUCGGCAUGCUAGUAUCUUCAAUGUCGUACAUCAAAUAGGGCACAUAAAGGAUAUCAUAGCGACAUAUGUUGAUGAUAAAGGAAACACUUUAUUGCACUUGGCUGCAAAAUUAGCACCACGAGGUCAACUUGAAUUGGUUUCUGGAGCAGCUUUUCAAAUGUGCCUUGAGUUAUUAUGGUUUGAGAAUGUAAAGAAGAUAAUGUUGCCAGCACAAAUAAAGUUGAAAAACUCUGAACGCUUGACUGCACAAGAGUUAUUCUCAAAUGAGCAUGCAAAACUAAGGGAGGAUGCAGAGUCUUGGAUGAAAAAAACUGCGGAGUCAUGUAUGCUAAUUUCAACAGUCAUUGCUACCGGAGUGUUCGCUGCUGCAGUUACUUUACCAGGUGGUACCGAUGACACCGGAAAACCAAACUAGUUGACGAAAACACCAUUCUUGGUAUUUGCAACAUCAGAUGCAUCUGCAUUCAUUUCAUCUUCGACCGCCAUAUUGAUUUUCUUGUCUAUUCUUGUCUCGCGUUAUGGAGAGCGCGAUUUCUAUAAAUCACUGCCUUUAAAGCUAAUAUUUGGAUUGAUCACAUUAUUCAUCUCCAUAACAAGCAUGAUGAUAGCACUUAGCAGUUCCUUCUUCAUAACAUACUACCAUGGUUCGAUGUGGAUUCCUAGUUGCAUUUCAAUAUUUUCUUUCCUCCCAAUACUUUUGUACAUAGGUUUGCAAUUUUCAUUGUUUUCAGAUAUCAUUUACUCAACCUACUAUUGGAGGACUCUGUUUAAACCUGGUAAAAAUAUGAUUUAUGUGUGAUAGAGGAGUAGAGGAAUAUUAUUGCAAGGAAAAUGGUUAUUGUUAUGAGAGAAGUUUGACAAGAAACACAAGAAUCUUAUGUGGCAGCAUGCAACACUUACAAAUUAUAAUCACUCAAUCUUUCAUGUAUGGUCAGCAGAAUCUUAUUAAUUGUUUUUUCUAAAAUUAAAGUGGUAAUGUAUUAUUUGAAGUGUUUCUAAAAGUGUUGAUGUUAGAUAACAUUAUAGAAUAAUGUAGCUCUUCCUUAUGUUCAUGGUUUGAAUGUAUAUUUAACUUUUAUCUCCUCAUCCUAUAUUGUUCUAUGAUACAAUCUGAAUUUCAAGAGCAUAUAACUAAA